GCUACAUACAUUGACAACAACAAAUUAAAUGUAUACAAUUUUCCGUAGUUUGUUUGUAUUCAGAAACCAAUAAAAUUCAAAAUUGCAGUCUUUGAUUUUAAUAUUGAUUUUCCCCUUGAAACGUUGAAUAAUAACAAUAACAACGACAACAGAAACAUUCACCGCUGCCGAAGUCGCCGCUGAGCAGCCGGCUGAGCAUCGGAUGUCAGCUGAGACGGAAAUAUCGUGGGUGCCGUGGAGUCGAGCCAAGAGAGAGAGCCAAGCGCGGAGUGAGCGGAGCAGAGCGGGUGGCGAGUUGUAGCCGUCGUAAACAAAACGAUACAGUUUUUGCCUAUAAGAAUUUUGCGCAGUUUGUCGUAGUGUCAGGCAAAAGAGGAAGGCAAACACACACAAAUCUCUCUAGCUGCUGCUGCUGCCCCUGAAUGCAGUGGCAACCAAAUUCAUCCCGAAUUUAAAUCAGAAAAAAAACAUAUUCAAGAGCAUCAGGAGACAAUGGUUUUCAUAAGGCUGCUAAAAAGCAAACUCUCCCAAUUCAUGAUGAAAACGAAUCGAUUGGUUGUGAUUCGUCACGGUGAGAGUGAAUUUAAUUUGGAGAACAAAUUCUGUGGCUGGCACGAUGUUUCCCUCAGUCCAAACGGGGCCAGUGAGGCAUGUGAUAUAGCGGCCGAUGCCUUGAUCAAGGCUAAAAUGCAAUUCGAUGUUUGCUAUACAUCGGUAUUGAGACGUUCUCGAGAUACUGCUGAUAUUAUAUUGGCCAAAAUGAAUUCAUCGUAUGUGCCCAUUAAGGCCGAUUGGCGAUUGUGCGAACGACAUUAUGGCAAUCUAACGGGCUAUAAUAAACGUUUCAUAGCCGAUCGUUAUGGGGAGGAGCAAGUGCAAUAUUGGCGACGCGGCUACGAUGGAUUACCGCCACCAAUUCAGCCGGAUAAUCGCUAUUACUAUGCCAUUUGCAACAAUCCCGUCUUUAGCGAUGUACCUGCCGGGCAAUUUCCAUUAACCGAAUCCCUGCACAUGUGUGUGGAGCGUGUCAAACCAGCCUGGGAUGAUAUCCUCGAUGAGGUGCUAAAGGGUAAUCGUGUGAUGAUCUGCAUCCAUGGCACAGUGGCUCGUGCCCUUAUUAAGCACAUUGAAGGACUAUCCGAUGAGGACAUCCAGCAUGUUAAUAUACCGAAUAGCGUGCCUCGUGUGUAUGAGUAUGAUCUUAAGACUGGCAAAUUAAUAGGAGGAGGCAUAUACCUUGGAGAUCCCGAGUAUAUCAAGAAAAUGACUGCUCAGGUGGCAUCUAUUGGCAAAUAACUUUACCAAAUAUUUGGACAAUUAGAUUUUUCUAUAAAUUUACACACUAUACCUAUACAUAUAAUACAUUUAAGUU